GGGAGCAGAGAGCUUCAGGGAAAACCCAGCAACAGUGUGUAAAGUGGACCUAUCUGUGCAGGAAUCCUGCAGUGUUCGUUUUGCAAGGAGCAAAGGAAAAACCGAAAGAGAGCAAACAGGAGAGGGAGUUCGCUCAUACUCCCAGGAGAUAAGCUCUGGGUUGUCCUUAUGUAUGUCUAAGGAUGUGCUUUUAGGGUGCCUGUGAGUGAAAGAAAUACUCUCAGUUUCCUGUUUUUAUGCCUGUAUUCACUUUAGAGUCAUCAUUCAUUUGGGGAGGGUCAUCAGUUCAGUUGGUUGAAUCUCUUUUCCUGUAGGGUGGAGGGGUCUCUAUACCGACGUCAGAGAUGUCCUGGGGGAGGGUCAUCAAGGGCCUUCUCCUGGAAGGAUGGACGUGGUGGCCACCAGCCCUUGGGGUGUGAGGAAGGCACCCUGUGCAGUGGGGGAUGGUGGUCCUGGACUCUGGGUGAGUCACCAGCAUGAUACUAGGAGAUGAAGAGGUUAUGCAGCUUGGUGCGAUGCCCAGCAGGGGCCUGAGAGAAAACCUGUAUACUCAGGAGGCCUCCAGGCCCAUGUGAAGCUCUAGUGCCACAUGCCUCCCAUGGCUGCAGCUUCAGGGGGACAUUUUCAGGGGCUUCUCUGGGCUUUGUGUGAUUUGUAUUGCUUUUGUUUCUUCCUGUGGCUUUCCUGGGCGUCGAGUCAUUUAUUGGGUCCAGAGGCCUCACUGAAGCCUGUAACUGCUUUAUCGUGGUCUGGCUCUUUUUUCCUGUGGAAGACCAUCUCAGACUCCUAACACUGAAUCUUGUUGUGAGUGUCUCAGCUCUUGGCUUCUGGAGAGACCUGAGAAGCUUUCUGGAGCUUUGAAGAGACAGCCCUGAGCUGCGGUCUCCUAUGGCCUUGCCUUGGCUGUGUGAUUGUUUGGCUGCCUCAUACUAUGAGCAGCCCCCUACAUGGCUGUGAACAUUGAAGAUGAAGUCUCUGCAGCACUUUGAACCCCUAGCUUUCAGGCAUUACAGGUGGAAGAAGGCCCAUAUCUUUUUCUGCUGGUGCUUCAAGCGUCUUUGGAAGUGGAGGCAACAGUAGGAAGGAGAAGCUUUUGCUGCAGGAUGUGGCUGAGCUGAUUCGAACCAGAGCCUGCCAGAGGGUGGUGGUCAUGGUGGGGGCCGGCAUCAGCACCCCCAGCGGCGUUCCAGACUUCAGGUCUCCUGGGAGUGGCCUCUACAGCAACCUCCAGCAGUAUGACAUCCCGUACCCCGAGGCCAUCUUUGAACUCGAGUUUUUCUUUCACAACCCCAAGCCCUUUUUUGCUUUGGCCAAGGAACUGUACCCUGGGAACUAUAGGCCCAACGUCACUCACUACUUCUUCCGACUGCUGCAUGAGAAGGGGCUGCUUCUGCGGCUCUACACGCAGAACAUCGAUGGGCUCGAGAGAGCGUCUGGCAUCCCUGCCUCAAAGCUGAUUGAAGCACACGGAUCCUUUGCCUCUGCCACCUGCGCUGUCUGCCGAACACCCGCCCCAGGAGAGGACUUCUGGGCCGACGUGAUGGUGGACAGGAUCCCCCGCUGCCCAGUCUGCACUGGCAUUGUGAAACCAGACAUCGUGUUCUUUGGGGAGCCGCUGCCCCAGAGGUUCUUGCUGCAUGUGAUUGAUUUCCCCAUGGCAGAUCUUCUGCUUAUCCUUGGGACCUCCCUGGAGGUGGAACCUUUUGCCAGCUUGUCUGAGGCCGUGCAGAGCUCGGUGCCCCGACUGCUCAUCAACCGGGACCUGGUGGGGCCCUUGGCGUGGCGUCCUCGCAGCAGGGACGUGGUUCAGCUGGGGGACGUGGUACAUGGUGUGGAAAAGCUGGUGGAGCUUCUGGGCUGGACGGAAGAGAUGCAGGACCUCAUCCAGCGGGAAACUGGAAAGCUCGAUGGACAGGACAGAUAGAAGGGUGACAGCUGUCCCUCGUAGCAGAAGUGGUUUCAUGGGAGAGUCACAGCCCAUUCCUGAUGAGACCUCGUGCCUGAAGAACAGCUUGGGCAAGUUUACACAUUGUGGCUGAACUAGCACGUGUGCACAUCUUCCCAGGUCGUGAGCGCUGUGCUGACAGGUAGGGUAGUGAUCACACUUGGAGACAACCUGGUCGCAGGUACAAAGGAGCUGCCUUUUUGCUGUGGUGGUUUUAGCUCUUCACUCUGCUCAAGCUCCUAAUGCCAAAAGAUUCUGACCCUCUUGAACUCAGACUGACUGGAAUCCCAGACCAGAUCUGCUGUAGUGUGUCUAGGUCUCCAUGUGAAGGGCAGGCUCAGCAUCUGUCCGUUAGAAACACCCAGUCUUGGGCUGAGCUGCCCCAGUCACGUCCCAAAGUGUGGUCCUCGGUCCCAAACAAUGCACUAGGGUCUUCUAGCAUGUUGGUCUCCUUAGAAGGCUUAUUUUUAAUUAGAGAAAGCUCCUUCAUUUCUGGCAUGAAAUAAAUUUGAAAAAUUGAG